GUUGUCAGUCAUGAGUGAUGUCAUUUGUCAUGUUCAACCUCAAGCACGGUUGUUUUGCCUUUUUUUCUCAGUCGUAAUGGUUUUUUUAUGAGGAUCUAUAGUUUUAAGUUAAAAGCAAUACAAAACAUCAAUAAUAGUAAAACAUAUGGUGUUUUAUUAAUGUAAAAGUGUUAUAAAAGUGUCAUUGUUCAGUGUUUUAGACGUAAUUCUUGUUUAUGAGUAUUGCGUAUCAUGUAACUCUUUCAUCUUGUGGUUUAUUUUGUGGCUGCUGCAUCUAUUUCCGACCAAGCAUUCUUCCAUAACGAUACCAUGAAAUAAUUAAGUGAGAUGAGUUGGCUCCGGACAACAUCAUUGACACUGGCACGCCAGUUGUCACGGACUCUUGAUCCUCGUCAUGACUAUGAGCCUCAAGCGUGCUAUAAUUCAUUUUGCAAACACUGGCAACAGGCUCAUGAUAUUAUUAUAAAAUCACAGCCUCAACAUUUACACGAUGAUGUUCUUGGUGUAGUGAAUCAUCUCGAACAGUUGACCACACUCUUGGUGUUAGAAGCAAGGGCGCGGGAGAUCAACCGUAUGUCAAGUCCAGCGACAUGCCUCGAAUAUUUGCUCAGUGAGAACCUACUGGACAAAUUGUAUGAAUGGGCGAUAUGUACGGGCAAAUACGAAAAUGCAGUCCGACUGGAACAACUUAAAUUAUUUGGUAACCUAGUCGGCCAUUACGGUUCACAGGUUAUAGCUGCUGAACCAUUUCUUCGGCCACUAUUAAAACUUCUCAGUGGAUUUAGAAACCAGUUGCCCCCACCAAAUCUGGAAAGUCAAUUGGUAGCUGUACUAAACCAACUAUGUGUGGUACUGAUGCAGAAUAUGAAAUUCAUAGAUCUCUUCUUUCUUAUGACGCACACGAAAAACGGUUCACAAGCAGAAUUUAUCAUCGGUCGUCUACUUCUGUCGUCUGUGCAUAUAGAAGGUUCCGCAGGCUCGGUGGCGCGUGACGCGUUUCUACUCUGCGCUAAGAUGUCCGCAAAAUGUCCACCUCUAGCACACUGCUUGCUUGCGGGGAACGCAUGUCCUAUACUGGCGACAGGUCUGAGCGGGCUGUACUCCCUGCUGCCGCGCUCGCUGGGCGUGGCGCGCCUCACUCCGGACGACGUCAAUCGCGUGCACAAACUCACACUCUUCAUCGACUCGCUCGAGUUCUGCAAUGCAGUCGCUCAGGUAGCUCACCCGUCCAUCAAGAAACAUCUACUAGAUCUACUGUACCAGGGCUUUCUGGUACCGGUGAUGGGUCCAGCACUGUUACAGAAGAGAGCGGCGCCCUUACAGAGCGGAGCGGGGGAGCAGGCGACGGCCAUGGCCUACCUCGAGCUGUUACUGCGCUGCGUCACUUCCGGGGGACUGUUGCGGGUGAUCCUACACUUCCUGUUCGCGUACGAGUACGAUGGUGUCAAAGUUAUUGAUGUACUACUCGGUAGAUUGGAAGGGAAUGAUCAACUUUCCUUAGUAACUUUAUCUCUUAUUGAAACACUCAUCGACCUGAAUUGCGAAGAUGUUAUGAUAGAACUAAUCUACAAAUACCUCCUGAAUGGCAACCAUUUGAUGGCGAUGUACAGGCAUAAGUUAUCCAACCCGGAACUCUACAGAGAUUCAGCAAUGGCCUUCAUAGGACUAAGUCCCAGGUGUUGUACGAGACCCGUAGAGAAGACCAGGGAGUGGGUGGAUGAAUUGGCCCUGAGUGGGAGGAGAGUGUUGGAUUUUAAGAGAGAUGAUGAUAACAGAAGAAUGAACGGAGUGCACGGUGAUAUUGCCAUGAACAAUCUAGUCCAUGAAGUUAACUUUGAUUACGGGCCCGGACGUGAUACUUUUGUUCCCAAGAACCCAAACGAAACACUUUAUAACAAUUAUCACGCAUAUCUCUGCGACGCGCGAUUCGAAAUAGUAUCACGUUCGAUAGCCUGCGCAAACUGGAGCUUCAAAUACGACGCAAUCCCACCGAAACGAGAAACUAACAACAACUCAACUAAAGAAACGAAAGAGAUAGAUGCUCAAACCCCUUUGCGAGAGCAGGACAGCCUCGUCUCAGUAUGCACGAGCGGCUAUGAUACUCUCAAAAACAGCGAUACUUCUGAAAAGGAACCGCAUAGCUUGAACUCUUUGAAUGAAGUCGGUGAAAGCAGUAAAGUUAGUGAACAGCAAUGCAACGAAACAAAAGAUCCUGAUAGUUUAACAUCGUUCGGUGAAAGUAGUGGAUAUGAUAGCUUUAUGUACAGAAUUGAUGAAAACGAGGACGAAGGUUUCGCUGAGGAUUCGUUCAUGAAGAGUUUUGUGAAAAGUACAGUUACAAGGGAGUACGAUGAAAUGUCGUCCGUGAGGAACUGGCGUGCCAGUGCUGAAUCAAUUAUCGGCCCCCUUCUGCAUAGUCUUCUAAAAAAAGCCGCUAAUUUCCUCGAAACCGAAGUAGCUGUUACGUGUCGAGUAUCCAGCAUAUUGAGUAAGCUCGCCUCUUUGCCGACGCCGCUGUUGACGGCACUAUUGUUGUGUCCCGGCUUCGUGUUGCAUCCGAAUGUGCCUUCAUUGUUUCAGAUUCUUAGUAGGUUAAAGGAAGAAAUCGACGAAUUGAGGAACGGCCUGGACAACACGAGCGAGUUAGUCGAUAAGGCGAGAGUGUUCCUCAUACAACGGGAGAUGACGUUGGUCAAAUCGCGGGCGCAGACAAACGAAGAUGGUCAACCGCGGUCAAACUCCCCCGCACAGAAAGGAGACGAUUCCCCUUUCCGACGAGUGGAGGCCAAGCGUCGUAGCUUCUCGUCCAGUAUAUCAAAUAUGUUCAACAGGAAAACUUCAUUAUCACCGACACAAAACAACUCUCACAACCUACAAAACUCAGUCCAUACUUCCCCCGCACAAAGGCAUCCGAUCUUCACACAAGAAGCCUACUGGAACCAGUCCAUCACACUCCGUUCCGUCCUAAACGCAGUGAUAUUAGACGAAUGGCUCAAGGAACUGUCUUCGCUAUGUGAGGAACAAGCCUUACGAUUGUCAGCAGAUUGCUACGAAAACGACACUUAUAUACGAACUGUGGCAUUAUGACUGUUAGCUUUCGCCUCUGAAGGCAUAUUUAAAAAUAAUAAAGUCGUAACUGACACAUUUGUAUGAAAUGCCUUAAAACGUUAAAUGUACAUAGCAAUCAUAUUUUUAUAAAGAAUUUUUGUCUAUGGCCAAGGCAAAAUUUAGUACAAUUAUAAGUUCGGUAAGUGUCAUUUUCUCUAUUUUCGGUUAGGUUACAUUGUAUACCUUAUUUUAUAGUAAAUAAUCUUUUGUCUAAUAAUUUUAAUUAUAUUGAAAGAAUAUGCUCUACCUUGGCCUUAAAAAAUCACGUUCAAAUUUUACUUAUAUUUUUUUUAUAAAAACAAUAUUUCUUCUAAAGUAAAUCCUAGACUAGAUGCCUUAGAUGUACCUAAAUAUCACAUACUUAAUUCUAAGUACCUAACUUUAUAUAAGGUUUAAGUGUAGUUGCAAUCGUAAUUUUAAUCAUCGAAUGCCAUGAUCGUAAUUUUGAACUGUGAUUUUAUAAUGUUCAAAAAAUUAAAUUGGAAUAUAAUUUAUUUUAUACAAAUUUAAACUAUUUUUUAAAUUAGUAUUUAAAGUAAGAUGCGUUGUUUGAAGUGUCACCUUAGGCUGUGGAGAGUACAUCAUAAACUCGAUGCUCGUGUGAAAGAAGAAAAAAAACGAUCGACGAUAGAUAAAUCAAGAAAUGUUCAAUCCGAAAGUUUCAUAAUUUUAUUGCGUGUUUUUUUUACUAUAACAAACAAAAUAGGUUUUUUUUUUAACACUGAACUCGCAUUCAUUAUAAAUAUUUAAUUUCAUAGAUUUUAUUUCUGAAUAUAGGACAAUUUUAAUUAUUCAUUUUUUCUAGAACAAUAACAUUGCUGUGUUAAUAUUAUUAAUAUUUUAAUUUUCGACUUAAUAUGUAAUUAUUUUACAAUUUAAUAUUGUUAUGUUCGUGCAACAAUUAUUAUGUUUUAAUGUGUAAGAUUAAUGAAAAUAUUAUUUGUUUUAAAUACGCAUUUUUUAAUAACAACUUUAGAAUAUGUAUCAUAACAUUUUGAUUGAAUUUUUAACUUUAUGAAUAAUAUUUUUUGUAAUUAAUAAUAUUUGAACAAAAGUCUUAAUAAUGGGAAAACGUCCUUAUCCGUCCAUGGGAUGAAGCAAUUGGAUAUUUAUAUAUUAUUUUGCUACAUGUAUUAAGUAUCAAUUACAAUAUUUAAAUUUCAAAGCUUUUUAAUGGACAUAUUUUUAAUAUCAUAAAAUUUUAUACAAGUACUAGUAGUUAUGAAUGUAGAAAUCAAAUCGCGUGGUCAAUUAUAUAUCAAACAAGUUUUUUGAUAAUCAAUUAUCAUUAAAAAAUUACAAAAUUAUUUGUAUUUUACCUGAAAUUGUCUACAAUACUAGUGAUUUUGCAAUAUAUCAAUGAAGAGGAGAUUUGCAGGCGAAUUGGCAACAUACUCAAGUUCACAAAUAUCCAUACUCAUUGUUAAAAAAAACGAUCAUAUCGUUAGCUGAAAAUUAAACAAAUCAAUCAAUUAAGAAUGGUGAAUGAUGGUCAGUAUGUAGUACAUUUAUUUUAAAUUAAGGACCAUUUCAAUUUUGCCAGUGUAUUGACAAUAAUAUAUAAUUUAUACGUCAAUAACUAAACAGUAUAUAUCUAUUGAAAAACAAAGGAUCCAUCCAGACCCCUUGGACAUAGUACAGGACAGAAAUUAAAAAAAAACUGAAGACUAGAUAAUAGGUAUAUAAGUAAUUAUUUGAAAACAGGCAUUAUAUAAUAAAUAAACAAUGCAAUGCCGAUUUAGGUAAACUUAUAAUAAUUUAAUUUAUAAAACAGAUAUUAUUUAUUUUAAUACGACCCAGUUAUUUAUUCAAAUUCCUCUAAAAACCAGUAUGAAUACAUGUUAUAUAAAAAUUGUACUAUUAAAUUACUUGCCAUAGAUUCAGGUCAUAUUGUAGAUAUCUUGUGUAAACCUUUUCUACUAACUAUAUUUUAAAAAGCGUAUGGAACAAUUGGAUCCAUAUAUAUUAUAUUAUUAUUAUUAAUCAAUCUGGUUUCACUUAAGUUAUUUUUGAAUCCUCUAUAUGUUCAGAAAUACUAUUGUUGUCAUUAUACUAGAACAGCCCAGAAUCCUCGACAUAUUUAUAAUAAUGUUAGUGAAAUGGAUAAUUUAAUAAUAAUAAUAAAAGAACAUUUGAUUUCUUUUCUAUUACUAACUAACAAUGGCAACUUUAUGCAAAUUAAAAAAACAUCUUAUGUUGUAUUUAAUUUUUUUAGCGAAUUAUGUCAAUAUAAAAAGGUAAACCAAAAUAUGAAUCGGUAGAAUUAAAAACGGUAAACCUACAAUAUGUACCAGAUCAUCUCUAUAAAGCAAAUUCAUCUGCAAAUAUAGAGAUUUUUGUAAACUUUAUUUGCACAAUUUUAGUUGUAAAAAUAUUCAAUAUACUUAAAUAAAGUUGUGAAUAGAUA